AUGGGAAAGAAAUCGAAGAAAAAUCGUUUCAAUCAGAGCGUAGAUGUCGACAUUGUGUAUUCAAGCAACACAAUAGCUGAAAUGGACCCAACAGACAACCUAGCAGAGCUCAAUUUAUCGUCUGAAAAGGCUGAAGAACUUCAAAAAAUCAGAGCAAAAUUGCCAACAUUCACAUCAACAUCUUCAGUUGAAAGCGAACUGGCGAAGCUACCUAUGGAAAAGCCUUUUAGGGCAUUUGUUUACAAUGUAUCGUAUUCAGCUACAGAACAAAACGUCGCUGAUUUUUUCUCCCCGCUCAAGGUUACAAACAUUAAUAUUGUCGGUGGGGAUGGUGGGUCUCGUGGUUUCUGUUUUGUUGACUUUGCAAGUCGAGAUGACUUAGCAAAAGCUCUUGAACGCUCUGAUUCAUCUCUGGCUGGUCGACAAGUCAAUGUCCGCAUUGCUGCUCCAAAUAAUUCUGAGCGAGGUGGGUUCGUACGUGAGAAGAAUUAUUGCUCUGGGAUGCGUCGUAGUGAAAUGGCUUUUGAGCGCCAGCGAGGUGGCUACAGACCUGUCGCUCCUCGAGAUGAUAGUGAAGAUGUCGAAUCAAUUUGGAAGAGAGGUUUCGUCAGUCGUACAAGCAUCUUUGGGUCACCUGGGUUGACACCACUAAAUCAAGGUCAGCUGUCUUUGGAGCCUAACCUUAAACCAGCUGUAACAGGAGAGCGACCGAAGCUUAAUUUACUACCUCGCUCUGCACCACGAGAUUUAAAUGAACUAUCUGGACGCAACUCAAAGAUUUUUGGUGAGGCUCGACCAGUAGAUACGGCUAGUAAAAACCGUGAAGUUGAGCAGCGACUAACUGCAACUGAUCAAACUAGUGUAUUUUCUACUAAUCCUUAA